AUGUCUCUAAAUCAGUCAACAGCUUAUAACGGACCACACACAAGUGUUUCUAAAAUACUUAUUAAUCCAACAUCAUCUCUCUCAUUCAUUAAAGAUAUUUUAAAAGAGUUUAUUUCUUCCCAAGAUAAAUUUGACAAAGAAUAUACUUUUAAUAAAGGUUUAUCAAUAUUUUACAUGUUACAAUAUACAAGUCACGAAAAACUUUGUGAUGAACACCUUUGGAAAAGCGAUAAGGCUAAAUGGGUUAGAGCUUUAUUAAAUGUAUUUGAAUGUGAAAAUAAUUUCAUCGGAUUUGUUGGUUUGGCUGGUUUCUUGAAGGGAUAUCAGUUUUCGAAUAGUAAAAGAAGAGUUGGUAAACUCAUUUCUGAAGUUGAAUUGGCAUUUUUAAAAAGUAUCGAUUCUUUAAUCGAUCAAUUCAAUGAUGAUCCAAAACAAGAAACUUUAUCCUUUAUAUGCGCGCAAUGUAUUCCGUUCAUUCCAAAAGAGCAAUUAAAAGAAUUAAAUUCCAAGGCCAGAUUAAUGACUUUAUUAAUAAAUGUUGUAUUAGAAAAUCCUCGUUUAUUUCAAAAUGGUAAAUUUCUUAAGGAAAUUGAACAAAAUCACAAUUGGAAUAUGUCAUGUAAACAUCUUGAAGAAAAGAGCAAUGAUGCGCUUUACAAAGAAUUACCUAAAAUUUCAUGGGCGAUAUCUAAAUUAACUCAAGUUGUUGAAAAAAAUGAUAUUUCCUCAACACUUACGAGGAUCAAUGAAUUUUCCAUCAACUUAUACAAGUUAUGGGAUGAAUCUCCUACACUUAGUUUGGCUAGAGAGGAUUCCUUAGAAUCUGAAAAUAAAAAAUGCAUGACGCUUAUUUGGCAAAUAUUCAAGUUUAUUUUAUUUUCAAUUACAAUGAUAUUUAAAUCCAUUGUGAAUAGAUCAUUAUCCGAACCACAGAUUUAUGGAGAGCUGGAGAGAAUGACGAUUUUAUCAACAUAUUCUUACCUAUAUUUUAUAACAUCAAAAUUUUCAAUGUAUGGAUUUUCAGUUUAUAAAAGUGUAUUUUUUAGUGUACUAAAUCAAAUAUUAGAAAAUAAUAAUUCAAGUGAAGUAAUUAAUAUCUUGAAAAAUAUUGAAUCGGAUAUGAAUGUUAAGAAACCUCAUGAGAAAUGUAGAGUUGUUUAUUAUUUGCUCAUUAUUGAACAAUUGGUUAAAAUAUUGGAUGAUGAUUAUUUGGAGAAUCAAGUAUUACCAAUGUUUAACGGACUUUUAUUGAGGAACGAUGAUAAGUACAUAUUUGAAUCGGCAAAUGCUGUUAUAUUAUCAAUAUUUUCUAAUCAAAAAGAAAUCGCAAAGGAACUAAGUCCAUAUUAUUGUAAUUAUUUGUUAUCGGCUUAUCCAACCAACAUUGAUGCAAGACAACUUAGAGUCGCUUAUACUACUGUCAUAAAAUCACUAUCGGAGGUUGAUGAUGCUUUAGCUUGGCUAUGUUUAGAAAUACUAAUAAAGAAAAUCGAAAAUAUGAGUCCAAUUAAUCAAAGUAACUUGAAUAAAGAUUCUCGUCCGGAAAUUUCUAAUCAUGCAGAAGGCUCGGUAGAACAGCAGCAAUCAAAAGAACAAAAAGAAGCCGUUGAGCGAGAACAACAAGAUCCUUUAGAGCCACAGCAAAGGGAACAAGAAAUGGAAGAAGCGAAUUUAACUAAAGCAGCAUUGUAUUUAAGAAGAGGUCAUUUGCUUUUAACUUUAAUUGAUCAAGUUAAAUCGGUUAAUUUAAUUUUCAUGAAAAAUUUAUUAACAAAGAUUAAGGAAUUUUUAAAGGAAGAAAGGUCAAUUGGAAAGGAAAGUGAUGGCAGUGGUGUUGGGGUAAGCGCAUUACAAAAAGUUUUAUUUGAUGUACUUAGUAACGAAUUAGAUUAUACUAAAAAGGAAUUCGGGGUUAAGUGGUGGUUAAGUGAAGGAAGUAAGUUGUUAGAUUAA